AUGAUGUGGCUAAACUCUAUUAUACUGCUGGCGAUGUUCACAUCACCUCUCCGCAACCUACUUCUCGAUUUAUUGUCUUGGCGAAGGGAGCAAAAUGUUGAUAAAACUGGAUCUGAGGAUUAUCUAUCAGAGGUUAGUGGUGGAGUCUGGGAGCAUUCCUUGGUGUUUGUCCACAUCGAGCAGGGAUUAAAAAAGAAUCCAGACGGAUCAGCAGUUAUAUCCACGUUUCAGUCAGUGGAUGCACUCCCGUAUUUGCUGUCUGGAGAAAGUCGUGUACUAGACCUAGAUACUACCACUAUCACUCAAAAAGUAUCUUUUACGAAGAUCAGUGCAGUCUCUCCCUUCCAACAUGGCACGUUCUCUCCUCUCCAAUAUGGAGCAUUCACACAGCCCACAAGAUUUGAGAAGAAGAUAGAUAAGCCGAAGCCUGUCAUCCAGGAAAAGCAGAAACCGCAUAUUUCAUCACAAUACUUGACAAUCUUAUACAGUCAACUGCAUCGCACUUCCUUGAAACUUGCGGCCGGGAUGAUAGCCAAUGGAGUCAAACCAGAUUCCAAACUACUUAUGAUCAUUCCCAAUGGCGGAGAGUAUACACUCCUUCUUCGGGCUUGCAUUCUGCUUCGUGUUACAUAUGUUAGUCUCGACCCAGAAGUGCUUGAUAUUUCCGGUUUCACUACCCUCAAGGCUACGAUUCAAGCCCUCAAGCCACAGGUUGUUGUUACACCUGACGCAAUUACUGGAAAGUCCAUCGACGUUGCAAUUUCGGAACUGCGACUACCAAAACCAAUUAAAAUCUGUCUCUCCUCCUCGAGAUUCGGUCACUGGAGGCCUCUCGCAGAAUUGGUUCAUGAAACGUUGAAAUGCCCCAUUGAUGAAGAAGCACUUGUCGCGGCCGCCCGCAAUGACAACCCCAACCGUAUCCAUUCCAUCAUAUUUACGUCUGGCACAUCCGGCAUGCCGAAAGGAUGCCCAGUACGCAUUUCGAACAUGUCGCAUAUGCUUCACUCACAGUCAUGGCUCGUCGACGAAGUCAAUGGUACGCUCGCUUUACAACAGGCUCAUAACUCACGUGGAAUCGCACCAGCACAAACAAUGCAGACUUGGAAAGCGGGAGGUGCGGUGGUUAUGACAGGACAGGAAUUCAAUGUCAGGAAAGCUCUCGACGCCAUAAUUAAUCUACAUAUUACUUUUAUAGUGUUGACCCCACCAAUGAUUCAUGAAAUAAUAGCCAAACUUACCGCAAAUCCCGUUGAUAUCAGCUCUGUAAAGCGGGUUCAGGUCGGCGGGGAUGCUAUUACCAAGGGACUAUUGCUCAAGACUGCCUCUCUUUCCCCUAAGGCUCAAGUAUGCGUCAACCAUGGAAUGACUGAGGGUGGUGGUUCAUUCAUCAUACCAUUCUUCGGUGAAAUCUGCCCCAUUGGCGUCGUCGCACCAGGAGCGACUAUUCGUGUUUGUGAUACCGAAAAGAACUGCAUUGUCAAGAAAUGUCAAUUCGGUGAGCUUCAUAUUACAAGCGGAAGUCUUAUCAAGCACUACUUUGGCGGCAGAUCUGAGGCAUCAUUUUAUUGUGAUCACGGUGUGCGCUGGUUCAAUACCGGAGAUGUCGCCAUGGUUAAUGAGGAUGGACUGGUGUCAAUUCUUGGCCGGCAGAAGGACAUGAUCAAGCGCGCUGGUGUUGCAAUUAUGCCCGCGGCACUGGAAAGCUCUAUCGCGGCAUUCAUCGGGUCACAGACAAUCGUCGUUCCCAUCAGACACCCUAUCGUCGGAUACGAGCCUUUUGCAGCUCUGAAUUCGAACAACGGCAAAACUCAAGACCAAAUUAAGGAGCAUGUUCGCAUUGCCUUUGGUAAAGACUAUGCCCUUGGGGGGAUUGUAUCGUUGAAAGAGCUCGGACUUCUCUAG